GUGGGCUGCGCGCCUGCGCGAAGCUGCUCCUGCGGCAUGGAAGAGCCGGAGCCCGAGCAGAUCCGCUUGAAGUGCGUCCGGACUGGGGGUCACUUCACGGUGCCCCCCGAGCACAGGCUGGGACGAUGUCGGAGUGUGAAGGAGUUUGAGAAGUUGAACCGCAUUGGCGAAGGCACCUAUGGCAUCGUGUAUCGGGCCCGGGACACCCAGACAGAUGAGAUUGUCGCCCUCAAGAAAGUGCGGAUGGACAAGGAGAAGGAUGGGGUCCCCAUCAGCAGCCUUCGUGAAAUCACACUGCUCCUCCGCCUGCGUCACCCUAACAUUGUGGAGCUGAAAGAGGUGGUUGUGGGGAACCACUUGGAGAGCAUCUUCCUGGUGAUGGGUUACUGUGAGCAGGACCUGGCCAGCCUGCUGGAGAACAUGCCGACACCUUUCUCUGAGGCGCAAGUGAAGUGCAUUGCGUUGCAGCUCCUCCGAGGUCUCCAAUACCUGCACCGGAACUUCAUCAUCCACAGGGACUUGAAGGUCUCCAACCUGCUCAUGACAGACAAGGGCUGUGUGAAGACGGCUGACUUCGGCCUGGCCCGGGCCUAUGGCACCCCUGUGAAACCCAUGACCCCCAAGGUGGUCACCCUGUGGUACCGUGCUCCCGAGCUACUGUUGGGGACCGUCACGCAGACCACCAGCAUUGACAUGUGGGCUGUGGGCUGCAUCCUGGCCGAAUUGUUGGCCCACAAGCCACUUCUCCCAGGCACUUCUGAAAUCCACCAAGUGGACCUGAUCGUACAGCUUCUGGGGACACCCAGUGAGAACAUCUGGCCGGGGUUCUCCAAAUUGCCACUGGCCAGCCAGUACAGCCUGCGUAAGCAGCCCUACAACAACCUGAAGCACCGCUUCCCCUGGCUCUCCGAGGCAGGCCUGCGCCUGCUCAACCUCCUCUUCAUGUACGACCCCAAGAAAAGGGCCACGGCUGGGGAUUGUCUGGAGAGCUCGUACUUCAAGGAGAAGCCCCUGCCCUGCGAGCCAGAGCUCAUGCCCACCUUCCCGCACCACCGGAACAAGCGUGCUGCCCCAGCUGCACCCUCAGGUGCCGAGGCCCAGAGCAAGCGCUGCAGACCCUGACGUGUGGGGCAUAGAAGA